UUAGGUAUUUAAAUAGGAAAUAUUGAAGCGCUCCUGGGAAAAACAGAAGGGAGUAGAAAAAGAGGAAGACCAAACAAGAGAUGGAUUGAUUCCAUAAAGGAAGCCACAGACCUGAACUUACAAGAUCUGAACAGGGUGGUUCAUGACAGAUGCUAUUGGAGGUAACCAAUUCUUAGGGUUGCCAUAAAUCGUAAUCGACUUGAAGGCACAUAACAACAACCUGGGAACAUAAACCUACGAGUGCCGACUUCAAAUUAUGGCAAGUAAACAAGCCACAAGCGCAACACUCAAGUGGAGCCCGAAGCUUCUGCACUCGGCUGAUUGCUGGAUUUGGGUUAGGAAAGGUCUCAGAGGCCAAUUUAAGCAGUCUGGGCUUUGCUUAAGAUCCAUUCGAGAAAGAGCACGGUUCUCCACCUUUGCUGCGAUCCUUUGUUAGGGGCCGCUGGACACGCUGGGUUGGAAUUGGCAGCGGCUUCACUAAAAUCCUGAAUUUCUACCUUGACUUUUUUUAUGGACGGUCUUCACUUCCGCACGAGAGGAGGGGAAAGGGGAAGAGUGAAACCGAAAGCUGGUCCCUACUUCUUGAAUUGCAAUCACGGACAUUCCCGGGCAGUUGAGUUCAGCUCCACGCCUUUUUCAAGCCUACUUUAUUCGGGGCCCAAUGCUGACGUCGUGCCCCUCCCCCUCCCUAGCGUUUCUCGGAGUGGCUGGAAGUUUUGGAAAAGGUUCGGGCUCUUCCCCGGCCUGACCUAUUUUGCGGUUUCUUCUUUUCGCCAUUUUCCUGGCAAAUGAGGACCGCGAUGGCGAAGAAGACCGUCCGUGACCGCCUGGAGGACACCUUGGAGGAGUUAGCGGAGUACGAUUUAAAGAAAUUCAAGCUCGCACUCAGCUCGCUCCCGGUCAAGGAGGGCUACGACAACAUCCCCAGAGGGCGGCUGCUGAAGGGGGAUGUCUCGGACGUGAGCCAUCUGCUGCUCAGUUACUACACAGAGGAUUACGCCGUGCAGGUGACUGUCACGGUGUUGAACUCCAUCGCCCAAAAGUACCUGGUGAAGAAGUUCCUCCAAGUAGUCGAGACCGGCCAUCUUGAUGGGUGCUUUGCUAAUGGACCAUGGCAACAUGAAAAUAGAAACAGAAAUGGAAGCAGAUCCUCCCUUUCCUCCUGUAAAUGGUCUCCCUUUGAGAGAGAUUUAGCUUCACUUCGUUCAUUGAGACUAAAAGGCCUUACUUCAUUCUCUCUCGCUCUCUCCACAUCAUUUGAUCUCCAUGAGAUGCGAUUCAAAUAUGAAUCUACUUCAGCUAAAAUUAUCAAUGGCAGAAUUGUUACUAGAAAGAAAGUAGAUGGAAAUGUACAGGAGACAGUGGAAUUUGAAGAUGAUGACCAGUCAAAUCCUUUAGCUAUAAAUGGGCCAUCUGCAGUUAUAACAGAGACAGAAGCUAUUGCUAAUCUCCGGAAGUUAAGUAAGAAUGUCACGGAUGUAAUAGCUGGAGAGGUAUCUCGUCUUCUAGAGGGGAAAGAGGACCAGGUGGGAGAGAUUUCAUCAGGAAGAGCCACCAAAAGGACCACAAUGGUGAAGAAGACCAUCUAUGACCUCCUGGUAGAUGCCCUGGAGGAGUUAAAUGAGUAUGAUUUAAGGAAAUUCAAGUUCAACCUCAACUCACUUCCCAUCAAGGAGGGCUACGACAACAUCCCCAGAGGGCGGUUGGAGAAGGCGGAUGUGUUGGACCUGAGCCAUCUGCUGCUCAGCUUCUACACAGAGGAUUACGCCAUGCAGGUGACCAUCACGGUGUUGAACUCCAUCGCCCAAAAGCACCUGGUGAAAAAGCUCCUCCAAGUCGUUGAGACCGGCCAUCUUGAUGGCUGCUUUGGUCAUGGGCAAUGGCAGCAUGGAAAUGGAGAUAGAAGCAGAUCCUCUGUUGCCUUGUAUGGAUUUCCUCCCUUCAAGAGAGAUUGUACUUCACUUCGUUCUUUGAGAUGUGAAGGCCUUCAGAAAUUCUUUUUCACUCUCUUUGCAUCAUUGGAUCUCCAUGGCAUUGAAAGUUUCAAAUGUGUAUCCAUUUCAGUCGAUGGCACAAACCGUACUACCAUAAGAGUGGUUGAAAAUGGACAAGAGAGAGUAGAAGUUCAAGACAAUGACCAAUUAAAUCCUUUAGCUAUAUAUGGGGCAUCUCCAAUCAUGAGAGAGCCAGAGGCUGUUGCCAAUUUCCAGAUUUUAAGAAACAAGAUCAACCAAGUACUACUUGGAGAGGUUCUUCCUGUUGAAGAGGUGAAAGAGGAUAUGGAGAGAGAGAUUUCAUCAGGAAGAGCCACCAAAAGACCUGCCCUCUGCAUAAGGCAGAAUGGAGAGACCUCGCUGGUGGCACAUGUUCCUUCUAAAAGGAUGGCUGGUCCAGAGAUCUUCUAUGAGCAGAUCCCCCUCAACUGCUUGGAGGACUUGGAGUGCAUCAGCCAAGGGGGCUUUGGUAUCAUCUCCCGGGCUCGACACAAAGAAAAAGGGAUUGUUGCGUUGAAGACUCUGCACCGCACUGAUGAAUCCUAUAUCCGAGAACAAAUCCUGAAUGAAGCCCGCAUCAUGGAUGAGGCAUGUUUUGCCUACAUCCCUCGUCUCUAUGGCAUCUGUGUGGACAGAGAGGCAGUGGGUAUGGGUACUCCAAGACUUGUGAUGGAGUAUAUGGAGAAUGGCGACUUGUCCACCUUUCAGUCCAGUGUCCCUUCUUUGCCCUGGGCCCUGCGAAUCCGCAUCCUCCACCAGGUGGCACUGGGGAUGGAUUUCCUGCACAGCCUCUGCCCUCAAGUGUUACACCUGGACCUCAAGCCCCAAAAUGUGCUUCUGGAUGGAGACCUGAAUGCCAAGGUGGCUGAUUUUGGCUUGUCAAAGUUUCGGCGAGGGACUACUCAGCACUCCCUUCUCAGUUGUGAGGAAGGAGAAGGGUUUGGUGGGACGCUGCAAUACAUGCCCCCUGAGGCCUUCACCAAUUCCUAUGAGCCAGGCCCAUCCACAGAUGUCUACAGCUACGGGAUUCUCAUGUUUUCGGUGUUAGCUGACAAGGAACCAUAUCCAAACAUCUCUAAGAAAUGCAGCUCCAUCUUCAGAAUGCAUAUCCUUGAGGAGCAAAGGCCAAAUACCACAGAGCUGGAGGCGAAGAUCCUUCAGGUGGAGAGGCUGACAGAUCUGAUCAGGCUAAUGAAAUGGUGUUGGCACGAUGACAAGGCCCAAAGACCAUCCUUCAAAGUCUGCAGCCAGGAGACAGAGGACAUAUAUUCCUGUUACAGGCCACACAUUGAAACCACUGUUCGUGAAGUCCAGGAUAUUUUGAACAGUUCCUCCUCAGAGAAAAAUAGAUCUUCCUUAGGUUCAAGUUUAAAGGAAGCCAGUCUCCUCUCCGUAAAACCUGAUGACUUCCACCCCCAGUCCCUUCCAACCUCUUCCCUGCGAGAGUCUCCAUCCAGACAAAAUACAAAACCACCAUCUUUAAGUGUCACACAAGACCAAGCCGAGCUUCAGAGUACAAGAAGGAGACCUUGGUCAGUAGUAGAUGCUGUUAUGCCCCAUUCAAGGGAGACGAAAGAAGAUCCAGGGAGAGGUGUUUCAUCAGGAACAGCCACCAAAGGCUCCAUUGGUUUGGAAUCCAUGGCUUCCUGUGAAAAACCCUCUGAUCUUGUAAAGAAGUCCAAAAGGAAGUUAACAGAAAGUCUUGCUCUUCAAAAACAUAGAGAGGAAUUCCUGAAUACAGCAAAAAAAUACGGGUUUCUCACAAAGUGUCGUUUAAAUCUGAGGGAUAAACCUCCUUUCCAAAGUGCUGCUGUGUUCUUGGGGGAAGAAAAUAAAGCUGAGAACUUUGAGGCUGCCCUGUCUCUGGAGAAGGAAUAAAUUUGAAUCAAGAUCUCUCCCUCUCCUCGGAGGCAGGCUGUGAAUGCAGAAACUGCUGUUAUUCCUCCAGGUUCAAGAAGCAGAUCUGAGGACUUCACUGUUUCUCCAUCUUCUAGAAAAAGAUGCACUAUGAAUUCACAACACUGAAGCAGUAAGAUGGAAGAGGCAGGGAUGGCUGUUAUCAAAUACUUGUAAAUAAUGAUUGAAAAAUGAAACAAACUUCUGUUUUUUAAUAAUAACUAAGGUUAAAUGCUCAGACUAUAAACAGCUGAAAAGUCUCUCUUCCUGUAGCCUCAUGUUCUCUCACUCUGGUCUAACUGACCCCUCUUCCCUAACUCUGACUCCUGCCCAUCUCAGGCAGCCGCUAAUCGGCGUUCCUAAAGGCCUCACGCAUUGCCAAAGUACAACCUUGAAUCGUUCUUCAGUUAACCCAGGGGUGGGGGACAUUGGGCUCAAGGAUGCAAAAGUGGCCCUCCAGUAGGGGUGUAAGAAGGCAGUGAUUUCUGUUCCAACCUGUCUUUCUCACAGUCGAUGCUGUUUCCGUUCCAUUGUAGUUCAGUUUCCGCCAAAUACUACGUUAUUCGUCUCACUGCCAGCAGUUUAACGUACAUUAUUAUAUAAAUUAGAAAUUUAAUGUAAUUAAUGAUGCAAUUAUGCCCACACCAUUCAUUUCAAUGCAAACAAAAUGCAUUUUCAGUGGGAAGGGGGACAUCAUCAAUUGCAUAUCUACAGAUGGAAAAACAGCAACAGCUAAUACCAAGUGAACAGUCCAAGUUGUUUCUGUUCCAGACAUGGAGCAAAUAAAAAUUGGCUAUUUCUA